GGAAGGGAAGUGAAGCUUCAUUGUCAUAAGUCAUAAGUCUCUCUCUCUGUCUAUAAAUAUCGAUGAUCCUUGUGUAAAUCAGAAGAAGGAAAUUAACAAAGCACCCUUGGAAAGGAAAGGAAAGGAAUUAAGGUGUAGGAUGGCGGAUGAAGGUAUGAGGAAGAGGAUGAAAGUGGAAGAGAAGAAGGUGAAAGGGACAUUGGUCUUGAUGGACCACCACUCCAUCUCUGCUACCUUUGACGAGCUUUGGGGCCGGAGAGUCUCGCUGCGACUCAUCUCUACUGGCAGUGGGGAGGUUGGGAAAGAGACAUACGUGAAGAAGUGGGUUCAGACAGUGAUCACUCCUUCCACAAAAGGCGAAUCCACCUUCGAAUUAGAGUUCGACUGGGAAGAUGUAGUAGCACCAGGGGCCUUCUUGAUCAUCAACAGGCACCAAAAAGAGUUUUACCUUAAAACGCUCACAUUAACUAAUCUUCCAGACCCAGACCCCCUUCAUUUCAUCUGCAAUUCUUGGGUCUACAAUGAAGAGCAUUACAAUAACCGAUAUCGUAUUUUUUUCUCCAAUCAGACAUACCUUCCUGGCAAAACACCCCAGGGAUUACUUGGUUACAGAGAGGAAGAACUGAAUGAAUUAAGAGGAGAUGGAACAGGAAAGCGUGAAGAAUGGGACAGAGUCUAUGACUAUGACGUCUACAAUGAUCUGAGUCAGCCGGAUAAGGGAGCUGAGCUAGUCCGCCCUGUUUUCGGAGGGACUAUCGACCGCCCUUAUCCUCGCCGCUGUAGGACAGGCCGCCCCCCCUCAAAUGCAGAUCCCAACACGGAAACCCGGAUUGGCAUUUUGCAUAGUUUACAGAUUUAUGUCCCCAAGGACGAAAGAUUCAGCGAGGUGAAGAUGGCAGAUGUUUAUGCUUAUGGGUUAAAGUUAGUAUCUCAAGGCUUACUGCCUGGUUUUGAGUCUGUAUGGGACAAAAUUUCAGACGAGAUUGUUGGCGGGAUUGAAAAGAUUUCAAAUCACAAGUUUGAGAGUGUGUCAAGCAACAAGUUCAAUGAGUUUUCUUCAUUUCAAGACGUGCUCAACAUCUACCAAGGAGGCCUUCCAGUACCAAAAUCCAGUGUCCUAGAAAGUCUUAGGGAGAAAAUACCCUCUGAGUUCAUUAGGGAGCUCUUGCGCUCUGAUGGCGAGCACUUGUCAAAGUUUCCGCUCCCACAAGUAAUCAAAGAGGAUAGAUCUGCAUGGAGAACUGAUGAAGAAUUUGGAAGGGAAUUGUUGGCAGGAAUUUGCCCUGUUGUGAUCCGGCGGCUUCAAGAAUUCCCUCCAUCCAGUGAGUUAGACCCCAUGAAAUUUGGGAACCAAAACAGUAGAAUAACUGAAGAUCACAUAAGAGAUCAAAUGGAUGGACUUAGCGUAUGGGAGGCAAUGACGAACAACAGGCUGUUUAUAUUAGAUCAUCAUGAUCCAUUGAUGCCAUAUCUUAGAGGCAUAAAUGAAACUUCCACCAAAACAUAUGCCACGCGGACCAUUUUAUUCUUGCAAAAAAACUCUACACUCAAGCCCAUAGCAAUCGAAUUGAGCCGGCCACAUCCAGCUGGCGAUGAAGCUGGAGUUAUCAGCACUGUGCACACACCAGCAUCAGACGGGGCAAAAGGCACCAUAUGGUUACUGGCUAAAGCUUAUGCUAAUGUAAACGAUUCUGGCUAUCAUCAACUCGUUUGUCACUGGCUUCAUACUCAUGCUUCCAUAGAGCCGUUCAUAAUUGCGACAAAUAGACAGCUAAGCGUUCUUCAUCCAAUUCAUAAGCUUUUGCAUCCUCACUUUCGUGACACAAUGAACAUCAAUGCCUUAUCCCGGCAAACACUCAUCAGUGCUGGUGGACUUCUUGAGAAAACGGUUUUUCCGGACAAAUACUCCUUGGCCAUGUCAUGCAACAUGUACAAAAAGUGGGAUUUCACUAAACAGGCACUCCCUGCUGAUCUUAUUGACAGAGGAAUGGCUGUGGAGGAUUCAACCUCCCCUCAUGGUGUUCGUCUCCUUAUAGAAGACUACCCUUUUGCGGUGGAUGGGCUUGAAAUAUGGUCUGCAAUUAAAUCAUGGGUGCAUGAUUAUGUUCACAUUUAUUACCAAGACGAUGAAGAAAUACAAAACGAUAAUGAACUCAAAGAAUGGUGGAAGGAGGUCCGAACCAAAGGGCAUGGUGAUUUGAAAAAUGAGUCGUGGUGGCCUAAAAUGCAGACACGCGAGGAACUCAUACAAUCAUGCACCAUCAUCAUAUGGGUGGCUUCUGCACUCCAUGCAGCUGUGAAUUUCGGUCAGUAUCCUUACGGUGGGUACCUGCCUAACCGGCCUGCAACGAGCCGAAGGUUCUUGCCUGAACCUGGGACCCCAGAUUAUGAGGAACUUGAGAAGAACCCUGAAAAGGCGUUUCUGAAAACCGUUACUCCCCAACUUCAAAGUAUCCUUGGGAUCUCAUUGAUUGAGGUUCUGUCAAGGCAUUCUGCUGAUGAGGUGUAUCUUGGGGAAAGAGAUACACCUGAAUGGACCGCUGAUAAGCAAGCGUUGGAAGCUUUUGAAAGAUUUGGGGCUCAUUUGAGGAUGAUCGAAAAGAAGAUCGAGGAGAUGAAUCAUGAUAAGAAGUUGAUGAACAGGACUGGACCUGCUCAAAUGCCCUACACCUUGCUGUAUCCUAGCAGUGAAAUUGGUCUUACUGGUCGUGGGAUUCCGAAUAGCGUUUCCAUAUGAUAUCAUAUUUAUUGUGUUUAUUUCCAAUGCAUGUUGAAUAAUAAAUCCUAUUUUUUUUAAAUAAAAAUUAUGUAAUUUGUAUUAUAGAAGAACAUUAAACUAUGUUUGAGUUUUGCA